UCUGUACCCGCCUCCACCAGGAAGUUGUUACAGUUCCAUUCAUUCUGUUGUGUUCAAGCGCUUCUGUGCUGUUAAUGCAUGUUAUAUUACAACACUUGAUUUUAAAAUGCGUCGAAGAACCGAAGCUCAGUCCUCAAACAAUGAACCCGCCAGUGCUGACAGAAAGGACCUGGAUCAGAGACCGCACAGCCAAGCUGGAUCUCAAGGCAGAGUGUCUUAUGGCUCUGUGCUCAUGAACAUUGGAAAGUGUUUACUGUUAAUCAUCGUCAUCCCCCCAUUCCUCAACUACGCUUCACUGCAGAGAGAAGGACAGAUGCUCUUACCUCAAGGUGGCCAGAUUGUUGAUGUUGGUUUGGGUCAAAAGAUGCAUCUUUUGUGUAAAGGACACGGACAACCAGUCGUCAUACUGGAUUCACCAACAGGAAUGUCUUCAGAUGUUUGGUUGCAUGUCCAAGAAAGUGUGGCCACACUAACAAAGGUCUGCACCUACGACAGAAUGGGACUGGGCUUCAGCAAGCGGCUGAUGCCGAAUGAAACCACAGGAACUGAGAGAGUUUGGGGAAUGUCAACAACUGGACGGAUGGUGGAUGAUCUGCACCGGCUCCUGCAGGCUGCUGGGAUCGCCAAGCCCUUCAUCCUCGUUGGUUCUGAGCUCGGUGCACUUAACGGCAGGUUUUACAGCCACAUUCAUGACGUGCAAGUGUCAGACCUGGUGCUGAUUGAUCCCAUCCCAGAGGACCUUUUUGAGGAGGACCAGUGGAAAAAGUACUGGUAUGGUAAGCUGUUGCCCUCACUCCAAGCCAAGCAGUUUUCAGCAGCUACAGGGCUGAGCCGCAUGCUGAUCAUCCUUGGGGCGAUUGAACCGACUAUUAAAGGCGAAAAUGUCUCAGAGGAGGUCGUCCAGCGCCAGAAGUACCUAUUAAGUAACCCUGCCCACCAGAGCAGUUCUGUGGAUGAGCAUUACUUCUUGAAUGAAAGUGCAGCUCAAGUGAGGGAUAUCACAAAGUUUAAGCCCCUCUCCGGCAGGACGUCUGUGAGCAUUAUCACUGGGGAUUCCUUUGACCAGCAAAUUCCUGAGGACUUAAACCAAAUGGUAGCUAAGCUUCAAAAGAAGUUUCUGGAGGAGUCCUACCCAUCAGCCAAUCACAUUCACAUAAAAGGAGCAGACCGGCGAAUGAUCUACAAGAAGCCAUCUGCCAUCAGCCAGCACCUGAGGAAGCUAGUCAACCAACGACAAGCCAAACAGCAGAGCGAGUGACCCACGGCCAACAUGUAACAGUACCCCAGACAUGGACGGAGUAAUCACUGAAUAUGUUUUAAAUAUUCAAUAAAAUAUUCCAGUUAUCUUUUAACCUUUCCCUGCAGCAA